AUGAUGUUAUCAGAAGGAAAUCAGAGUAUCAUACCCACAUUUACUCCUCUGGGUUUUUCAGAAUAUCCGGACCUCCAGGUUCCGCUCUUCCUGGUUUUCUUGUCUGUCUACACAGUCACCGUGGUUGGGAAUCUGGGCGUGAUGAUCACCAUCAGGAUCAAUUCAAAGCUCCACACGAUCAUGUACUUUUUCCUUAGUCACUUGUCCUUUGUAGAUUUCUGUUGUUCUACCACAGUCACACCUAAAUUAUUGGAGAACUUGAUUGUGGAGGACAGGACCAUAUCUUUCUUUGGGUGCAUUACGCAGUUUUGCUUUGCUUGCAUAUUUGGAGUAACAGAGACUUUCCUGUUAGCAUCGAUGGCCUAUGACCGUUUUGUGGCCGUGCAUAACCCUUUGCUCUAUAGCACUGCCAUGUCUCAGAAGCUUUGUGUUCUGCUGGUGGCUGGGUCUUACUCCUGGGGUAUAGUGUGUUCCCUCACACUCACAUAUUUUCUUCUUGCAUUAUCCUAUCAUGAGUCUAACAUCAUGAAUAAUUUUAUCUGUGACCACUCAGUAAUUGUUUCUGUCUCCUGCUCAGACCCUUAUAUCAGUGAGAUACUCUGCUUUAUUAUUGCUGUAUUCAAUGAGGCAUGCAGCCUGAUGAUUAUUCUGACAUCUUAUAUACUCAUUUUUAUCACCGUUAUGAGGAUGCCCUCUGCAAGCGGACGCCAGAAAACCUUCUCUACCUGUGCCUCCCACCUGACAGCUAUCACCAUCUUCCAUGGAACCAUCCUUUUCCUUUACUGUAUCCCUAACCCUAAAAACUCUUGGCUCACAGUGAAAGUGGCCUCUGUGUUUUACACAGUGGUGAUUCCCAUGCUGAACCCCUUGAUCUACAGCCUUCGGAACAAAGAUGUAAAAAUCACAUUCAGAAGAUUGGUCGUCACAAAAUUUCUUCAUCACUCAAUGUAA